AUGAACCUAGGAUCGCCUGGAGGCGCUCCAGGAAGGUUACAAGCGGCCCUCGACAAUGCACAGUCACAUACCGGCAAUUCCUCUAAACCGUGGCUUGAAUCCUUCUUGGGCGACAAUCCUUACUUUCAGGCAGGUUUCGGUCUCAUGGUCUGCUCCUCGGAGGAGUAA